AUGGUUGCAGAGGGGACAUAUGCCAGUAAGGAAGCUGGCGGUGGAAAUGACGACGUAGUCGCUGUAAACAUCGCCGAAUCUACACAACCAGAUUGGGACGAGAAAGAAGAGCGUCGAGUAAAGCAGAAGAUUGACUUCAUUCUGCUCCCUAUCCUGGGGCUGGCAUUUUUCGCCCUUCAAUGCGAUCGCGGUAAUAUCGCCAACGCCUUGACUGAUACGAUUACGGAAGACCUCAAGGUGACAACAAAUCAAAUUAACGUCGGCAAUAGUUUGUUGUCUGCGGGGAUUGUCGUUCUUGAAAUCCCGUCGAAUAUUCUCUUGCAAAAGGUCGGACCGCAACGAUGGUUAUCUUUCCAGAUCAUCAGCUGGGGGUUGGUCGCUACGUUCCAGGCUUUCGCUACCAAUUAUGCUGGUUUCUUGGUCACUCGGAUCCUUCUGGGGCUGUUUGAAGCGGGCUUUAUUCCUGGUGCUCUGUAUACCAUGUCGACGUGGUACAAGAAGUCCGAGACAAGCUUGCGCAUAUCACUGUUCUUUCUUGGAAAUCUCCUGGCUUCAGCUACUGUAUCGCUUAUCGGUGCUGGUAUCCUCACCAUGGCUGGCCGUGACGGAGUAGCUGGCUGGAGAUGGCUUUUCAUCAUCGAGGGAAUAAUAACCAUUGGUAUUGGAAUCAUCUUCAUUCUUCUGCUCCCUCCCCGCGUGGGAUAUCCGAAACCCCUGAUCGGAUUGGGGCGAUGGAGCUAUUUCACUCCCCGCGAACAGUACAUCCUCGUCCGACGCGUGUUGCUUGAUGACCCGAGCAAGACAACCUCUGAACUCUCCAUAUCGGGACGGGAUGUCUGGCACACUGUGCGCAACCCGCGGAUCUUGGUUCACGUUCUCAUCACUUUGUCGUCCACGAUCUCGGUUCAAGCAGAGCAGACGUAUGCGCCUUCCAUUAUCAAGAGUCUUGGUUUCAGUUCCGUCAAAGCCAAUGCCCUAUUCUCCGUGGGAAACUUUAUAGCAGCUGCUAUGGCUGUGAUAUUAGGCUUCCUGGCCGAUCGCAUACGACGACGUGGACCAUCCGCUCUCAUCGGAUCCGUCUGGUGUCUGAUCUCGUAUGCCUGCCUCAGGGAGUCUGUCCAUUACCCUAAAUGGAAUCGAUAUGCCGCGAUUGUUUUCGCGACUGCGACCAACUCAAUGGUUCAUAUCAUCAAUGUCGGCUGGCUCUCUGUCAAUUGCAGAAGUCCUCAGCAGCGCAGUGUUGCUAUGGCCCUCAUCAUUAUGGCUGCAAAUGCUGCCGGUAUUGCUGGAAACCAGGUCUUCCGCACGCAGGAUGCUCCUCUUUAUUUGCACGCAUUUACAGCCAUGCUCUGUCUUGCAGCGGUGUGUCUCGCAACAGUGAUCGGGCAGAUGUUCUGGUAUAUGUGGAGCAAUCGCCAAAUGGCAAAGUCUGGAACUGUGCCCACUGUCCAGGCCAAGACGGAGGGGAUAGAGAUUGUCCAGACUUGGUGGUGGACUUGGUGA